GCCGGGGCUCCUCCCCCCGGCUCGGUUUCUCUCCCCUCCCCUCUCCACCCCUCCGCCCGCCCGUUCCUCCGUCCCUCCCUCCCUCCCGUCCGUCCCUCCCUCCUCCUCUUCCUCGGUGAGGCGCUCCUCCGGCAGGCAGGCAGCAUGGCGGCCGUGGAGACGCGGGUGUGCGAGACGGACGGCUGCAGCCGGGAGGCCAAGCUCCAGUGUCCCACCUGCAUCAAGCUGGGCAUCCAGGGCUCGUACUUCUGCUCGCAGGAAUGUUUUAAAGGGAGUUGGGCCACUCACAAGUUACUACAUAAGAAAGCAAAAGAUGAAAAGGCUAAGAGAGAGGUAUCCUCCUGGACUGUUGAAGGGGACAUUAACACAGACCCAUGGACAGGCUACCGCUAUACUGGCAAACUCAGACCACAUUACCCACUGAUGCCAACAAGGCCAGUGCCAAGUUACAUUCAGAGACCAGAUUAUGCUGAUCACCCCUUAGGAAUGUCUGAAUCUGAACAGGCUCUUAAAGGUACUUCUCAGAUUAAAUUACUCUCCUCUGAAGAUAUAGAAGGGAUGCGACUUGUAUGUAGGCUUGCUAGAGAAGUUUUGGAUAUUGCUGCUGGCAUGAUUAAACCAGGUGUCACUACUGAAGAAAUCGAUCAUGCUGUACACUUAGCAUGUAUUGCAAGAAAUUGCUAUCCUUCUCCCCUGAAUUAUUAUAAUUUCCCAAAGUCUUGUUGUACCUCAGUGAAUGAAGUCAUCUGCCAUGGAAUUCCAGACAGACGGCCCUUGCAAGAAGGUGAUAUCGUUAAUGUGGACAUCACUCUUUAUCGCAACGGUUAUCACGGGGACCUGAAUGAGACGUUUUUUGUUGGCGAUGUUGAUGAAGGAGCACGGAAACUAGUUCAGACCACGUAUGAGUGCCUGAUGCAAGCCAUUGAUGCAGUGAAGCCCGGUGUUCGAUACAGAGAAUUAGGAAACAUUAUUCAGAAGCACGCCCAAGCAAAUGGAUUUUCAGUUGUUCGAAGCUAUUGUGGACAUGGGAUCCACAAGCUUUUUCAUACAGCCCCCAACGUUCCCCACUAUGCCAAAAACAAAGCAGUUGGAGUGAUGAAGUCAGGCCACGUGUUUACAAUUGAACCAAUGAUUUGUGAAGGUGGAUGGCAGGAUGAAACCUGGCCUGAUGGUUGGACUGCGGUGACGCGAGAUGGGAAGCGGUCUGCUCAGUUUGAACACACCCUGCUGGUCACGGACACUGGCUGUGAAAUCCUAACCCGGAGGCUCGACAGCGCGCGGCCUCACUUCAUGUCCCAGUUUUAAUUUGCCACGAUGGCACUUUCUUACUGUACUGUGCAUUUUAUUGAGAGUACAGAAAGGAAGAGGCAGUUUUUUUUUUUUGGUUUUUAAAUCACUUGUUUUGACAGUAAUCAGAAAGGACUACAGCAUUUGGUGUGUGUCCUCAAGAGUUUGUCUUGGAUCUGAAAAAGCUGAGAAGAAUCAAGGAAAUAUUGCUCAACUCCUUUCAGUGCCCACAAGCCCAGUCCUCCCCCCCAGCCCUGCUCACCACUUUCUUGUUUGCCCCUUGAGCACUUUUACUUAAACCUGCUUCUAGUUGCUUUUAUCACUGCCACAAACUGGCCAUCCAGAGCCAGCUGCUUUCCAGGUGAAUGUUGAAGAUGAGAAUCCUUGAAAACAGCAACACAAAUUGCACCAGAUUUUUUUUUUAUUAUAUAUGUGAGAAAACAUAUGCAUACCUUUUAAACUCCAUAUAUGUA